GGGCGGAAGCGGCCGCGGGCACGGGCAGGGCCGCGGCGGGCGGUGCUGCGUCCGGUCCGGUCCCGCGACCCUCGGCGCGGCCAUGGCGGAGCCCCCGCGGCCGCAGCGGAAGCUGUCCCGGGUCGGGGAGAGCCUGUACCGUGUGCUGGGGCUGCAGAAGGGCAGCUCCCCCGAGGAGAUCAAGAAGGCCUAUCGGAAGCUGGCUCUCAAGUACCAUCCAGACAAGAACCCCGAUGACCCAGCGGCAGCCGAGCGGUUCAAGGAGAUCAACAGCGCCCACGCCACGCUGAGCGACGCGGACAAGCGCCGCCUGUAUGACCAGUACGGCUCCCUUGGCCUCUACGUGGCUGAGCAGUUCGGCGAUGAUGCUGUCCGGCACUACUUCCUCAUGUCCAAGUGGUGGUUCCAGGCACUGGUGCUGUGCUGCGGUGCCCUCACCUGCUGCUGCUGCUGCUGCUGCUGUUUCUUCUGCUGUGGGACAUGCUGCCCACCCAAGGAGGACGAGUCCUACAAGUAUGUGGACCCCAAGGACCUGGAGGCACAGAUGCGUGCAGAGGACAGCGAUCCUCAGAUCCCUGUUGUAGCACAGCCCCCACCUGCCUGCACUGAGCCGCUGCCUGCCAGCACCAGGAAUGAUGCCUGAGGCUGACCCCAUUCCGCCGACUCCCUCAGGACUCGGGGCAGGGAUUCUCCUUUGGGACUGUCACUUUCUGGGACCAUGGUCCCACCCCCUGGACUGGCUCUUCAGUCUCAGGAGGGGUAGAAUCUCAGGUUAAUUUGGCCAGCAUCAAUGCACAGGCUCCUGGGGCCCCACUCGAGCUCCAGGGCAAUGCCCCUGCAUCCCAGCACUAGUGGUGGCAGUGGCCUGGAGCCCGUGCUGCUGUGACCCCCUUUAGUGCCUUGCCUGUGCCCACAUCAGGCACCGAGCACCAGGCACGAACAGAGGCUCCAGGCCGAGCUCCAUAGCUCACGCAGGGGAGCUGAGCGCGUCCAAGACCAUUAGCACUGUAACCUCUGGGGCUGGGCUGAGCCCGCUGCCCCCCUCAUGCAACCCUCCCGAUGGGUGCUGGGUGCCAAAUGCUGCUGUGGGGUUGGGGUGCUUCUAUCUGUACCCCUUUCCUCUGCCCUCUGGGUUUGUCUGGGGUUUUGUGGGCACCAUUAAAGGCUGACGGGAGGGCA